CGGGAGCUUUGGAGGGGGACCCUGGGGGGUGACUGACUGAAGCUAGCAAAGGAAAGGUGCUGUGGACCCUCCCUCAAGGAGGCCUGGACACUGUUCCUAGGAAGGGCACACCGAGGUGGGCCUAGAGUGUGCAGAGAUGAAGCUGCUCCCGGCACUCGCAGGGCUCCUGGCUGUCCUGGCCGUGCCCCAGCCCGCUGAGAGUGCUGCCCCAGCUGUCACGGGAGAGGUGGAGAACUUGAUGGUGCUGACCUGCAUGGAGGAGGCCAAGCGGCUAGUGGACAAGGCCUACAAGGAUCGGCGGGAAAGCCUCAAGCAGCGGCUUCGCAGUGGCUCUGCCAGCCCCAUGGACCUCCUGUCCUACUUCAAGCAGCCAGUGGCCGCCACCAGGACAGCUGUGAGGGCUGCUGACUAUCUGCAUGUAGCCCUAGGCCUGCUGGAGAGGAAGCUGCAGCCCCUGUGGCCACGACCCUUCAACGUCACUGACGUGCUGACACCCGCCCAGCUGGAUCUGCUGUCCAGGUCGAGUGGCUGCGCCUACCAGAAUGUGAGGGUGACCUGCCCGCAGAGAGACCAGUACCGCACCAUCACGGGGCACUGCAACAACAGACGCAGCUCCACGCUGGGGGCCUCCAACCGCGCCUUUGCGCGCUGGCUGCCCGCCGAGUACGAGGACGGCGUCUCGUUGCCCUUCGGCUGGACGCCCGGGGUCAGGCGCAGCGGCUUCAGGGUGCCCCUGGCACGCGCCGUCUCCAAUGACAUCGUGCGCUUCCCCACGGAGCAGCUGACCCCGGACCAGGAGCGCUCGCUCAUGUUCAUGCAGUGGGGCCAGCUGAUCGACCACGACCUCGACUUCAGCCCCGAGCCAGCUGCCCGUGUUUCUUUCAUCACUGGCGUCAACUGUGAAACCAGCUGCCUGAAGCAGCCGCCCUGCUUUCCGCUCAAGAUCCCACCCAACGACCCCCGCAUCAUGAACCAACAGGACUGCAUCCCCUUCUUCCGCUCCAGCCCAGCCUGUUCAGGAAGCAUCACUAUCCGCAACCAGAUCAAUGCGCUCACCUCCUUCGUGGACGCCAGCAUGGUAUACGGCAGUGAGGACCCUUUGGCCAUGAACCUGCGCAACUUGACCAACCAACUGGGGCUGUUGAAUGUCAACACCAACUUCAGUGACAAUGGCCGGGCCCUGCUGCCCUUUGACAACCUGCAUGAUGACCCCUGCCUCCUCACCAACCGCUCAGUGCACAUCCCCUGCUUCCUGGCAGGGGACACCCGCUCAAGUGAGAUGCCCGAGCUCACCUCCAUGCACACACUCUUUUUGAGGGAGCACAAUCGACUGGCCACAAAGCUUAAGAGCAUGAACCCGCUCUGGGAUGGAGAGAGGCUCUACCAAGAAGCCCGGAAGAUCGUGGGAGCCAUGGUCCAGAUCAUCACUUACCGGGACUACCUGCCCCUGGUGCUGGGGCCAGAGGCCAUGAGGAAGUACCUGCCUAGGUACCGGGGCUACAAUGACUCAGUGGACCCUCGCAUCGCCAAUGUCUUCACCAAUGCCUUCCGCUACGGCCACACCCUCAUCCAGCCCUUCAUGUUCCGCCUGGACAACCAGUACCAGCCCAUGGGGCCCAACCCCCGAGUUCCCCUCAGCAAGGUCUUUUUUGCUACCUGGAGGGUAGUGUUGGAAGGUGGCAUUGACCCCAUCCUCCGGGGCCUCAUGGCCACGCCUGCCAAGCUGAAUCGCCAGAACCAAAUCGUGGUGGAUGAGAUCCGGGAGAGGCUGUUUGAGCAGGUCAUGAGGAUCGGGCUGGACCUGCCUGCUCUGAACAUGCAGCGCAGCCGGGACCACGGCCUCCCAGGGUACAAUGCCUGGAGGCGCUUCUGUGGGCUUUCGGAGCCCAGCACGGUGAAUGAGCUGGCUACGGUGCUAAGGAACCUGAACCUGGCGAGGAAGCUGAUAGCCCAGUAUGGCACACCCAACAACAUUGACAUCUGGAUGGGCGGUGUGGCCGAGCCCCUAGAGCGCAACGGGCGUGUGGGCCCACUCCUCGCCUGCCUCAUCGGGACUCAGUUCAGGAAGCUCCGUGACGGCGACCGGUUUUGGUGGGAGAACACAGGUGUGUUCACUGCACGGCAGCAGCAGGCCCUGGCCAAUAUCUCCUUGCCCCGCAUCAUCUGUGACAACACGGGGAUCACCACUGUGUCCAAGGACAACAUCUUCAUGUCCAACACGUUCCCUCGGGACUUUGUCAGCUGCAGUGCACUCCCGCCGCUGGACCUGGCUCCCUGGAGGAAUGCAGACUAGUGGCUGGGAGCCUGCCUAGAAAGGAAGUUGGGCCUGUUGGCCCUUUUGUAUGAUUUGUUUGUACCUGACAUUUUUUAUAAUAAAGCACCACUGCAGGA